AUGAAGAUAGAAGAUGGUGUUAUACAAAUCCGGGAUUACAUGCCUACAGUGGAAGCCGUGGGAAAGGUUCAGGAGGAGAGUGCAGCAGCCCAAGCGGCAUCGGUAACAGAUGCCGGCGAGAAGAGAGCAGAGGAGCUGUGCUCGAAGUCCACGGUGACCUUUGAUGAGGUCUGGAGCGCGGUUCAGCUGGCUAGCUUAGUUGAGAGGCGAACAGACAGGAUGAAGCAAGUCGACAACGAGGAUGCCAAGACGUUGCCUCUGUGGACUUUCGGAUUGUUUGUUCAUGGAGGGGUGCUGGGAGUGACUUCAGAAACCCGUCGGCAUCCAUGGCUUGUUAAGCUUCUCUGCAAGUUAGUGCGGCAGCAGGAACCAGACCUGGAGUUCUUGUCACUGAGUAUGGCAAUCAACUUGGUGUUCCGGCCUCACCGGGAUCGCAACUCUUUGGAGCGAGAGUCUGUGGUACUGGGCUUGAGCCGGUUUCAGGGUGGACAACUCUGGACUGAAGGGCUUCCGGGGGAAUGUGGCAACACUGCUAUACGGCACAUCGAUAACGAGGGGCAGCAGAAACCUGGAAAGCUGCACGAGCUAUCUCACAAAUACGUGAGGUUCAAUGCCGCGGUCCGCAUGCACGGGACAGAACCUUUUCAAGGAGUGCGGGGUGUCGCUGUUGGCUACACGCCACGCGGCCAUCUCAACGUGUCCUCGGAUGUCCUGAGAGAGCUGUGUGAGCUGGGGUUUUACAAUGAGAGAAUGCAGAAGCCUCGAGUCAGCUUUGGAGUCAGCGAAGGCAGUGCAAACAACAUCGAGCACGGCAGCAGCAGGCUAGAAGCAGAGUGCAACAGCAUCAUUCCCGAGCGUCCCUUAACCGAAACUACUCAGUGUUUGUGA